UGUCUGAAAUUUUAACAUGUCCACACCAUCUGCAAAAGAAGCUAGAAAACAAUUUUUUUUUCCAGAUAGUUAAAAACUGGAAGAUAAUUUACUAUGGAGAAAGAGAAGAAUGGAUACUGAAGGACAACCAGAGUUUCUGAUACAAUGUCCAAACUCAUCAUCAUUCUCCAUGGCCACUUUUCCUCUUGUCCUUAUUAAUAGCAUCAUAAUUUUUUCCUUCACUAAGACUCAAAAUCUGCAUUUCAGGAAAGUAAUGUAGAAAAAGGAGAGAAUAUGGAAUCAAACAAGACUGACUUGUAAGUUCUUUUUAUUGGGAGCAGGAGAAACAGCUCGGAGAGAAGAGGGUCGACUCUGUGUUCAUGGGAGCAGGAGAAUCUGGAAAAAGUACUAUUGUUAAACAAAUGAAGAUCAUCCAUAAGAAUGGCUACAGUGAGCAAGAAUGCAUGGAAUUUAAAGCAGUAAUUUACAGUAAUACGUUGCAAUCCAUCCUAUCUAUUGUGAAAGCCAUGACCACCCUUCAGAUUGAUUAUGUAUAUCCCACAAGUGCAGAAGGCCAACGACAACUUUGUGCUAUAGCAAAUACCCUGGAAGAUGGUGGCAUGACACCUGAGCUGGCUGAGAUAAUAAAACGGCUAUGGAGAGAUCCAGGAAUCCAGGCCUGCUUUGAAAGGGCAUCUGAAUAUCAGCUCAAUGACUCUGCAGCUUACUACCUUAAUGAUUUAGACAGAAUAACAGCUCCUGGGUAUGUUCCAAAUGAGCAAGAUGUUCUACAUUCUCGAGUAAAAACGACCGGAAUCAUUGAAACUCAAUUCUCCUUUAAAGACUUGCACUUCAGGAUGUUUGAUGUAGGUGGGCAGCGAUCAGAGAGAAAGAAAUGGAUUCACUGCUUUGAAGGAGUGACGUGCAUUAUAUUUUGUGCCUCACUCAGUGCCUAUGACAUGGUCCUAGUGGAAGAUGAAGAAGUGAACAGAAUGCAUGAAAGCCUUCAUCUGUUCAAUAGUAUCUGUAAUCACAAGUAUUUUUCAACCACCUCCAUUGUCCUCUUUCUCAAUAAAAAGGAUCUCUUUCAAGAAAAAGUAACCAAGGUACCUCUUAGUGUCUGCUUUCCAGAGUACACUGGGCCAAAUACAUUUGAAGAUGCAGGGAACUACAUCAAGAACCAAUUUCUAGACCUGAAUUUAAAAAAAGAAGAUAAGGAAAUUUAUUCCCACAUGACCUGUGCUACUGAUACCCAAAAUGUCAAGUUUGUGUUUGAUGCAGUUACAGAUAUAAUAAUCAAAGAAAAUCUGAAAGAUUGUGGGCUUUUCUAAUCAAUGCAUUUCUUUUCCACUCUUGCUUAUAUAUGCUUUCCAAGAUAUAGAAGAAAAAGUGCCAGGUGAUAUGUUUAGUUUGAAUAGCUAUUAACAGAUGUAGACAUAUAACUAUGAUUAUAAAGAGUUUUCACCUGAAGUCUUCAAUGUAUUGUCAUCUAUACCUGAAUAAGUUUCAAUUUUUCUUUAACAUUAGUAAAGUUUAACGUAACAGUAAAGGAGUGUCUUUGAUGCCUUCAGGUAUAAAAACUGAUACAUUUUGGUAACUCUGGAACAGUACCUACCAAUGACACUGAACUUCCUUGAAAGUAAACUUCUGCAUUAUGACCUAUUUUUAAUCAUAGAAGAAUGAAAAAUUUAAGGUUUUCCAUAUUAUUUCCACCCACCAGAUUUUAAAGGCAUUCAUUUUUACUGAUAAUGUAAUCAUGCCUGUACUGCAGAGACUAUUCAAAAAUGGAACACAGGCAUUUUAUUGAUCAAUCACCUCUGUAUUUAGCCAACUGUAAAUAACAUGUUUACUAUACAUAAUUAUGUUCAUGAGCAAUUAAUACACAUGCAAAAGAAAUGCAUACAAUUUUACCUGCUGUAUGUUUUUCCUUUAAAAAAUUUAUUGAUUCUGAAUUUACCAGUGUAGUUGAGGAUUUCAGUAAUAUAUCUGUUUUUGUACCAUCCUGGUUCAAGAGAGAGGAACAUUCAAAAUUUGCUCUGAUUAGAGAUUCGUUAAGGUAUUUGUAACCUAGGGAAUUUCAAAACUUUUCCAUUAGUUGAGUUUCUCAGCAGUCAAGGAUGCUUAUAACUCAGCCAUAGCAGCCAUGUGUAGGUAGGUAAGUGGACCACCCAACCCUGGAGAGAAUAAUCCCCAUCUCUUUCCCCAACCUCUGCUGGUUUAUCUUGUACGGUCAAGUACAGCUGUGCAGGUUGAACAAGAGUCCUCAAUGGAAUACCCAUUUCCCAUAUUUUAUUUUAGAGUAGCAUGAAACAUGAUUGCAACUGAUGAUAAUAUGGGCUACUGGCUUUAGACUGCAAAACAGAGAAAUUAUUUGAUGUCUUCACACUAGUAGGUCUGUUAGUACUCUAUGGUCUAUUCUAAAUCUUAGACUGCAUGCUAAUGGUUAAAGCCUACUUUUUAAAAGCUAAUUUGGUGCCUUACAGACCUAAUCAUAUUAUUUAUGAACAGAAAAGAGAUUUUAUUUCUUUUUUAAAGUGUAUACCAUUAGAAAAAUAUACUCUUCAAACAUGUCUCAAUAUUGUUUAUUCUGUACACUUGUAGAAGGUGACAUAUAGGUCAGAAUAUUAGAUGAGUGCAUGAGAUUUAUAACUACUCUGAAAAGAGUAAAUUAUGUUUUAACAAGCUAAAUGAGAUGAAGGGAACAUAAAUUAAGCAAUUUGUAAUCUGUACUUCAGGUAGCGUUAGGUAGCUCUGUCCCUCAGUGUUGCUACUUCAUUGUUCUGUACCACCUUCCCACAGUAAACAUAUAAGAGUGAUUGUCAUAACUCAAUAAGCAACCUUGACUAGACUGCCUGUGGCUUUAUUUUCAAAAACAGAGGCAGUAUCAGCAAAUACAGUCAAACAAAAAUAUAUUUAGAAAAUUUAAUUUGGCUUUUCUUUGCAGAAUAUAAAUUAUUAAAGCACCUAAGAUACCAAGAACAAGAAAGCAUAAGAAAUCAUUUAGUUCAGGCAUCCAGUAAAGUCUUCUGGCUAAGAUCCAAUAUCUAUUGAUGACAACCUAACAUUUUGUUAGGAGAUAUUUAAUGCUGAGCUUUUAAAUUAAGAACAAAAAUGCUAUAAUUUCAUCCAUUAUUUUAUCUUUGUUUUCUCUGCCUCUACUUUACCCCAUUUUGCUCCAUAAAUGUAAAGAGAAUUUUCCAGAAAGGAAAAAAUAUAUACAUUCUGAAAUCUUACACUAUUACUAUUUAAAUUUUGACUCUGAUUUAACCUUAGAUAACACAGGUGGAAAGAGUUGGGUCAGAAAGGUUCAAGUUGCCAUUUAAAAAUAUAUAACUCAAUUAGGCCUGUGCAAAAAUUGACAAGCAUCAAGAUUUAUUUAUGAAAUAUUAUUAUCUGAAAACUUUUAAAAAUAUGUUAAAUUACCAAACUAAAAAUAGGGAUCAGUUUAGAAUAUUUUUAAGUUAAAUUUCUUCCAGUCUUACGAUUAAACUUAGAAAUCUUUUCUUCACAAUCAAAAAAAUAGUUUAUAUGUUAAACAAUGAAUGUUAAAGAAAGAGAAAUUUUAAUAGAGAAAAAAUAAAAUAGGUGUUCAUAUUGUUUCUUUAAUGAUUGAAAUCUUUAAAAUUGAGUAGAUUUCCAAUUUUUUUUAACAAAAAAAAGCAGUAGUAGAUGCACAGAAUUUUGAGCAAGCCAAAGUAAGUAACAAAAUGAAAAAAAUAUGGGAAGCUUUGCUUUAGCCUGAAGAAACUCCCACUGAGAAGAGCAAUGUUGAAGCCUGCUAGAAUUGAAACACCUGUUUCAUUCAGAAAUUUGGCCGUCUAACUGCAUUCAGUACUCUUGCAUUUACAGCAUCACAAAGAACCAAUCUUAAGUCUUUGCCACUCAAUGUUCAAACAUGAUUAUAUUGAUAUUUUCCUCUUCUGUUAUUUGAGCCUUCUCUCCUUGAUUCAGAAUGUUCCCUAAUCCUGCUUGCCUUAGUUUUAACUCUCCUAACUCAUUAAUUUCUAAGGUUUGUUCAAUUGCAGACACACUGCACUACCUCAGAUAUCUGGUGUGGGUUUAUGUCUAAUGGGGUCAUUAACAACCAGUGCUCACAGAGUUUUUCCAGAAGCACGAACUGGUCGAUAUAGAUAAGUCUCUGCGUCUUUGGAAGCAGUGACUAUAGAGUGAAAUGAAGAAGAAUAUGAACUGGGUAAUAAUAUUAUAAAAGUUAUCAAUUCUACAAAGAAUCUCUAUGGAAGAGGGGUUUCAAAUUCUGUGGAAUCUCACAUAUGCACUGUAGAUAGCCAAUAUCCUAUUAAUUAAAAAUAUUUAAACAGAUAAUGCUCCUCAUGUUUGUAAUAUAAAUGGGCAAACUAUUUUUUUCAGGGCCUGGGCCUAUCCUACCUAGUACAAAUCUUCUUACCUGAUUCAUCAUCCUAUUUAAUCACAAAAUGUAUUUUAGAAUACUUACAGAAAAUUACUUAGGCUUAACUUAACCAAACAUAACAUAUAUGAGAAAAAAAUACAUCUUUUGUGUUAAUUUAUGUGUUUCUAAUAUGUUAGACCACCUCAGAAGCAGAGAUGAACACAUUUAAAUGCCUGGCCACUAAAACUAAUUGUAAGAACUAGGAGAAAUUGUAAAUUCUCUCAGACUAACUUUGAAAAGAGGAUCCAAAAAAUCCCAAACCAGUUGCCAUCGAGUCAGCAACAACUCUUGGUGACCCCAUGUGUGUCAGAGUAGAACUGUGCUCCAUAGGGUACUAAGUGGCUGAUUUUUUGGAAGUAAAUCACCAGGCCUUUCUUUCAAGGCACCUCUGGGUGGACUCUAACCUCUAUUCUUUAAAUUUACAGCCAAGCUCCUUAACCCUUUGCACCAACCAGGGUUAAAUAGACAACUUUUUCUUAGGAUGGAAUAAACAUUCACUUGUUAAUAUAACCAAGUAAGGCCUUCUUUCCAUUUAUGCCUCUUCUAACAAGCUACACACUAGUUUAUAGCCACAUGGGGCACACUUACACGUUUUCUACCAAAUGUUGCCAACAUAAUAAAUUUGGAUUACCAAUAACUUUGAUAAAGCAGGUAAGAGAAUCUUGUUAAGAAUUAUAUUUCUUUUUGUGCUUCUAACUCAUUAGUAUAUUAUAAUCUUCUAAAAUCAUAUUAUACAAUAUUUUAGUAAAAAUAGUGAAUAACAAAGCUAAUGAAAUAGCUUCAAACUAGUAUAGAGAAUAUUUUCAGAUAUACAGAUAUAGUUUCUUUUCAUGCUCUUGUUAUUUUUUUUUUUGGCAUUUUCAGUCCUUUGUUUAAAUCUAGGUAACCAUUGAUUUUGUAAAGUGUGCCUUUCCAUUAAUCUAUAUUGUGUCUAAAAUCUUCAUUAGCUUACAAUGAAAAGUAGAAAAAAAUAAUUUGAUGUCUGACAACUAUUAUGUUGUGUCAAUAGUAAUGAGUUGGCUGCUUAUUAAUUUGUAUUCCUUUCAAUAAAUCAAAGCUCCAUUCUGCUAUAACAUUAAUCAUGUCAUUAUUCUGUUUAUUCCAAAUUUUUCCUUGAUCACAACUCCACCAAAUCAAGAGGAAAAUGGGUGUUCUGACAUUUUCUUUUUACCACCACUGCUGCCACCAACACAUUUUUCAUUAGUAAUAGUACAAUUUUUAUCUUAAGUCACAUUUGCCAUACUAGUUAAGUACUAAAUGGAGUCACAUGAAAGAAAAAAGAAAUAAAAACACUCUAAAUUACUUCAUGGGGACAGUAAUGGCCCUCUAAUUAUUAUGCCUUUCAGAUAUGGAAUAAUAUACCAGGUACA